GAGGAAACGCGCUUCUGAGUCAAAGGGGCUGAGUGUUCAACCACCAGGCGUGCGAAACGCCGUCGAAGAAGCAGAAAACCCAUAGUUCCGAGCAUUGCAUCUGCGUCGCCCGAUCACAAUGGCAGAGGAAGCAUCCUCCGCAGCAGACGUAGCAGCAGCAGGUUCAUCGUCCACCAUGCGGAAGCGCCUGACCGUGGACACCAAGGCCGACACGAAGCGUGCAGCAUCCGUAGCACCCGCCGGUUCAUCGCAGGAGGCCGACGAGGCGGAGGCCCCUGCCUCACCGUACCCUCACUUCCAGAUAGGCACGCCAUUCGCCGUGCGGUGCAGCAGAUUCGACCAGCUGGUGGAGAAAUCGGCCAUCUCGCAGUCCCAGUUCUGGGGAUUCGCAAACCUCUUUCGUGAGUGAGCCGUACACAGUCACACACACGACAUGACAUCAGCAUGCACAUUUGGGUCGGUGUGUGUGUGUGUGCUUCAGUGCUGUCGUGUGUGUAUUAUCUGUUCACUAACCCGUUGAUACGGCUGUAUGAUAGGGGAGAUCUGUUCGACCCGUCGGUGAGUGGGGCAAGGCAAUCAACCAGGACACCUGCAACACACGAGAGUGACCGACCAAUGUGUUUUUUCUCUUUUCGUUUCUGUUUGCUGCUCUGGCUGUGCGUCCGUCCAUGUAUCCAUCCCUCCAUCAGCUGGCUCGGAUGAUGUUUGACGACUUCUUCUUUGUGGUGAGCUUAUGAGGGCAGCCAGGCAGUCGUGCGCUAUGCAGGUGCAUCUGCUGCUGGUUGGUCUGUCUCUGCCUCCCUCGGCCAGAUGUUCAUGUGGUUGAAGCUCUUCCUCUGGGCCUUCCUGUACGCAUGUGCGUGGCUAGACAGACAGGCACUCGUGUGUCACUCAAUCCGCCUUUGGCUGGCUGGCUGUUUUGUGUGUCUUGUCUUGUAAUGUCCGCAGCGCUCACUUUAUGCUGUUGGGCUACUUCCGCGGGUAUUACCCACUGGCGGUGCUGCGUGUGCUGCAGCACACCGCACAGGGCAUGUGCAUCGGAUACGCAAUCACAAUGUCAAUCGUCAAGGAGUCAGCGGAGCGGGAGGAGAGAGAUUUUGGUUGCAUUGGUCGGCCUCAUUUUGUGCUUGGUGUGCUGUGUUCUGGUGUGUGUGUGUGUUUGGCGUCAGCUGGCCGAUGGUGCCGACCGCUUUCUGCACGAUGGUCUCGGUGACGCACUUCAUGAAGGCAAGACAGACAGACACAGAGAUGAAUGAAGGAAUCGACGUGACACGCAGUGUGUGUGGGGUAUUUUGCGUUGGUCAGAUGCACUCUUACAUCGAGACGAACCUCCGCUAUGCAGAGCUGAAGGGCACCCAGCAGGAAUGCCCGGACUUUCCCGACAAUGUAAGUGUGCGUGCACCUGUGUCUACAUCGAUGAGCCACACUGCACACUGCUAGACAGACACAUACACGUAUGUGUGUGUACCUUGUAUCUGCGUGUGCAUACCUGCCGGCAGGUGACCCUGCGUAACUUUGCCCACUACAUGAUGUGCCCAGUGCUCGUGUACGAGCCCAAAUACCCAGAGUGAAUCAACACACACACACACACUCACACUCGUCACAUAACGACACUUGACCUGUGUGGAUUGACGCUUACAGGGGUCCCGGCUUUCGGCUGUCGUAUUUCCUGCUCAAGAUUGUGUCCAUGGCGGGGAUUAUGGUACGUGAGGGAGCAAAGAGGGUGUGCUGUAAAUGGUGCAGUCACAGAUGGAACUGCAUCCACGUGUGUGUGUGUGUCAGGCAGUGCUGUAUUUGCUGAUAACGACCUACAUCAUUCCCGUCGUCAUGCAGAGCGAUAAACUGCCCUUCUUCGAGACCAUUGUCAAGUACACACACACACACACACACACACACAUACACACACACACGCGCGCGCACACACCCACCCCUGCACACGUCGUAUGUGUGUAUUGGUGUCAGGUUGAUAUUUCCCUUUCUGUAUGCGGUCAUUCUGUUUUUCUUUCUGCUGUUCGAGUGCCUCCUCAACAUAUUCGCUGAGGUCGUCAACUUCGGCGACAGAGAAUUCUACCACGUGCGGACGGACGGAUGCACACCAUAUGCGACACGUCCCGCACACAGAUCAUCAUAGCCACGUGUGUGUGUGUGUAUGUGUAUGUGCAGGAUUGGUGGAACAGCACGUCAUGGGACGAGUUUGCGCGCAAGUGGAACAGGCCCGUGCAUGAGUUCCUCCUGCGGCACGUCUACCUCGAGUCGAGAUACAGACACAAGGUAGGUGAGUGAGUCAGGAGACACCAAGGGGUGCGUGGAUGGUGGAUGGAAUUCAUCCGGUCACAUAUACUCUCACUCAUAAGCACGGUGUGGUCUGUGGGUUGUCUGUCUGUCAGUUCAACAAGGGUUGGGCGGCGGCAACCACUUUCCUCUUCUCCGCCCUGCUGCACGAAAUGAUCCUGGUCGGUCGAUCGGGAGAUCUGGGCACCAGCACUCACACCAACGGAUGGGCACAUGUGACUGACACAUGGCUCUGUGUGUGGGUGCGUCUGUUGUGUUGUGUGUUUCAGGCUGUGUGCUUCCGCUUUAUCCGGCUGUACAUGUUUGGCCUGAUGCUGCUGCAGAUACCCCUCAUUGCACUCGGCAGAUUCCACAAAGUCACACACACACACACACACAGACAGACAGACAGAAGGAUUCAGAUCAUAUCCCUGUCUGUCUGUCUGUCUGUCUGCUAUGGCACCAUCAGGGCAAGCAGCUCGGCAACUGGAUUGUCUGGGGCGGCCUGCUGUUCGGCGUUCCGUUGCUGGCGACUUGUUACAGCCGUGAGUGGCGGCGGCUCGACGCCUCUGGGGCGGCCCACACACGACUAUACUAAUAGCUAGCACCAAGACGGAGGGCAGGGAGACGCAGGGGAGGGCGACCGAGUGUAGCAUAGGACGUACCUACUGGUGUAUUUGUGACAUACGCACAUAUACAUACAUACAUACAGACAUUGACUGCUCACUCGAGCGAGACACUCGUUGGAUGCUCGACCUCUGUCAUAUAUUCCUUCCGUUCAUCCAUUGGCCAUCCAUCCGUACGUUGCUGUCAUGAACGUCU